AUGGCCGAAGUCGAGAUGCCCCAGCCAGUUCCAGGCCCUGUUUCGAACGAAAACGCAGCACCCGCAACGUCUGAUGAUAUCAAGACCAUCUUCCACGAUGUCAACAACUUCAACGUCAAGCACCCUCUACUCAACACCUGGAGUCUCUGGUUCACCAAACCACCGUCUUCCAAAGGCGACAACUGGAACGACUUGCUGAAGGAGGUCAUCACGUUUGACACAGUUGAAGAGUUCUGGGGCGUAUACAAUAACAUCACAGCCACCUCUGACCUCGCCGUCAAAUCCGACUACCACCUCUUCAAGCGAGGAGUACGACCCGAGUGGGAGGAUCCACAGAACAAGCACGGUGGUAAAUGGUCCUACACGUUCAAGGAUAAGAAGGCCGUCAACAUCGACGAACUAUGGCUGCACACCCAAUUGGCCGCGAUCGGAGAGACUCUCGAAGACGAUGGAGACAAUGAGAUUAUGGGGGUGGUCGUCAACGUGCGAAAGAGCUUCUAUCGAAUUGGACUGUGGACUCGCACCACGGGAAAGGCCGGUGGGAAAGACACGCUGAUGAAGAUCGGUGCUCGCUUCAAGCAAGUGCUUCAAAUCCCCGACAACGACCAGCUCGAGUUCAGUGGCCACACUGACGCUGCACAUGCGGGCAGCACCCGGGCGAAGACAAAGUAUACUGUUUGA